AUAGUUCUAUUUUUUCUAGUUCAAAUUUACGCUCGAGAGAUUCUAUUUCUGAUAACUUAUUCUAUGCUAAAGAAACAUCUUGCUCUAAUUCUUUUACUCUUGAUUGGAGAACCUGUAUCUCUUCUUUUAUCUUGGAUUAG